AUGAAAAUUUUCAGUUUAAUUUUGGUAUUUUUCUACUACAUUAUAGUUUUAGUAAAUACUUCAGAACAACAACAACAACAACAACUACCCAAUAGUACAACGAUUUCAAUAUGUAAUUUCACUGCAUGUAACUCUCAACGGACACUAUGUUCAUCCAGUCGUAAUUGUGAAUGUUUUUCAUUGACGAUAAGUCCAAGUGUAGGAAUUUGUGCGUCAGCUGUGUUGUCUUGUACCGAUGUUGUCCGAUGCAAUACGGAUAAUCGAACAUGUCCUAUUGAAAAUACAGUCUGCGUGAACAGUACACGUUGUGGACAACCAGUUUGUUAUCCAUUAGCUUUGGCAAAUAAACUCGUGUGUCCAAUAAAUACAACAGCUGCGACAACAACUACGACACAUGCAGGAGGCGUUACAAAUACAACUAGAUCUACAACAAAAGCUAUCACUACAACAGACUCCCGUUUUACACCAUCAACAGUUAAUUGCAGUAGUAUUGUGGCAACAAAUUGUACGACAACAACAUCGAUUGUUGCUGCUUGUCAAAGUUAUGAGGUAUCAUGGAAUAAUCAUUGUUAUUAUCUCGAUGGAUCAAAUGGCAGCUGCAUAACUGGUUAUAGCCUAGCAACGAAUACUGUUUUAAAUUGCAUUAGUUCUCUAUUUAUUGGAAAAAAUUAUCGAAAUACCACAUCAGAUAAUUGUUGUAUCUGGACAACAGAUACAUAUGAAUGUUUUGGAUUCAAUGCUGAUUGUAACAGAUCAGGACCUUUUACUGAAGCACCGAUAUUGGGUGGUGCUAAUUGCAUUAACCAAGUGCUUCGUUAUUCUCAACAGUUAACAUUUUGUGGCAGUGAUUAA